AAGACAGCCUGCUCAUUCCUCUUUGAUGUUGUCCCCGGCUUUCCCUUUUGUAUUUUGCAAUGCUGUUUGAGACAUCAUGUCAGUGACUAGAAACGUGCUGCGACCUCUUCGAACAGCCAAUCGUGCUCUGAACGUCCAACGAGGGCAAUCAUGGCAUCGUUCACUUUCGAAUGAAGCAGAAAGGCUUCCGCUCUCAGGGAUACGCGUUCUUGACAUGACAAGAGUGCUGGCUGGUCCGUACUGCACGCAGAUUCUAGGAGAUCUCGGAGCCGAAGUAAUUAAGAUUGAACAUCCAAUCCGUGGGGAUGACACCAGAGCAUGGGGCCCUCCGUACGCAGCAUACACAAACCCCGAACACGAGGGGCCGGGAGAGAGCGCGUAUUUCUUGUCGGUGAAUCGAAACAAAAAGUCAGUCGGCUUGUCCUUUGCCCAUCCAGCGGGCGUGGAUAUUCUGCAUCGACUGGCGAAGAACUGCGACGUGCUCGUGGAGAACUACCUCCCGGGUGCACUGAAGAAGUAUGCUUUGGAUUAUGGCACUAUAUCGGAUAUCAACCCAUCGAUUGUGUAUGCCAGCAUCACGGGCUACGGCCAAACUGGUCCAUACAGCAACCGCGCAGGAUAUGAUGUUAUGGUCGAAGCUGAGUUCGGUCUAAUGCAUAUAACAGGCCACCGAGAUGGCCCUCCAGCAAAGGUUGGCGUCGCUAUCACCGAUCUAACCACGGGCAUGUACACUUCAAACUCCAUCAUGGCUGCAUUGCUUGGGAGAGUCAAAACGGGGAGAGGUCAGCAUCUCGACAUAGCACUUAGCGACUGCCAGACAGCAUCUUUGGCAAACAUCGCUAGCUCAGUACUUAUAAGUGGGAAGAAGGACUCCGGUCGAUGGGGCACCGCUCAUCCUUCGAUUGUGCCUUACAAAGGCUUCAAGACCGCAGAUGGCGACAUUUUGCUUGGCGGUGGCAAUGAUCGCCUGUUCGGCGUGCUCUGUGAAAGGCUUGGUGUCCCUGAAUUGGCUCAGGAUCCUCGCUUCAACAGAAAUAAUGUCCGCGUAAAGAACAGGGACGAGCUCGAAGGGUUGAUCGAGUCGAUCACGAAGACGAAGACUACAAAAGAGUGGUUGGAUAUUCUGGAAGGCAGCGGCAUGCCGUACGCUGCCAUCAACGACGUGAAAAGCACACUUGAACUCGAGCAUACAAAAGCACGAAAUAUGGUGGUAGAGGUUGACCAUCCGGCGUGUGGGCCCAUCAAGCUGGUAAAUACGCCAGUUAAAUACUCGUACUCAAAGCCGAGCGUACGAUCCCCACCACCAACGUUAGGCCAGCACACCAACGACGUGCUUCAAGGGCUUUUGGGCAUGACGCCGGAGGAAAUCGAAGGUCUGAAAAGCGAGGGCGUGAUUGCCUAGGAGAAGCCGUCAGCUUCGCGGCAGCGAAGAAGUGAACACGGUGGCCAGAAACAAAACCCCAGGUGUCGCCGAUGGACGUCGCCAGAAGGAUGACUUGUAACUAUUGACCAUGAGAUCAACGCGUUGCAGCGUUCUCAAAGAGGGCAAGGCUGAGCGAGCUCUGCCAUAGCCUCAAAGCUCACCCCACGUUUCACCAAGGCUGAAAAAUUGCCUCAUCUAGAAGAAUUGGAUCCUGCUUCUAGG